CCCUCCUCAGCCUUUUUUUUUCUCUCCUCUCAAACAUUAUAUAACGACUUCAACUCCAGUUUAUCUUCCUACUCCACCUUAAUUUUCACACGGAAGACGACUCUCUCUGCACCUUUUCAGAUUUACUUUGACGACAAGUUGCAAACAUGUCUGGAAAAGUUGUGCUUCACUACUUCAAUGGGAGAGGAAAAAUGGAGUCAAUCCGCUGGCUCCUGACAGUUGCAGAGGUUGAUUAUGAUGAGAUGCUUCUGACAAAACGUGAGCAGUAUCUAGAACUCUUGAGUGAUGGGUCUCUCAUGUUUCAGCAAGUUCCCAUGGUGGAAAUUGAUGGCAUGAAGCUUAUCCAGACAAAGGCCAUCCUGAAUUACAUUGCAGAAAAAUACAAUCUUCAUGGAAAAGAUAUAAAAGACCGCGUCAAGGUCAACAUGUACUCAGAGGGACUGACUGAUCUGAUGGAAAUGAUCAUGGUGUUGCCCUUCAUCCCAGAUCCCAAACCCAAACUGGAAAACAUUGAAACUAAAUCAAAAGAGCGCUACCUUCCUGUGUUUGAAAAGGCAUUGGCUGAUACUGUUUACCUGGUGGGAGGUAAGCUCAGCAUGGCAGAUGUGCUGCUUCUUGAAUGCACCCUGAUGUUGGAGGAGAAGUUUACUGGGAUCCUGGCUGAUUUCCCCAACGUCAAGUCGUUCCAGGGCAGGAUGAUGCGGAUUCCCGCCAUCGACAGGUUCAUUAAACCAGGCAGCAAGAGGAAGCCGCAGCCAGAUGAACACUACACAAAGACCGUUAUGGAGGUGUUUGAUGUAAAAAAACUGUCCUUUUAAAAGACCUGGAACAUCCCUCUCACAGGCGACAUGAAGCUAUAAUUAGCAAUCAUAGCCUGUUCUACUCAUGCAUCUGUAUACUGAGAUGAAUAAUGCAUCAUUCUAAUUAGUAUGAAAAUAAUCAGAAUAUGUUAAGCUCCAUUGGCUGAAUUGGUGUCCCAUUUCUAAUAAAUAAAUUGUCUAUUUUUGAAGAAA